AUGGAUCUAAAUAUUAUUCACCAGUUUUUCAAAAUUGGAAAAAUUUUAGCCCUGACACCAACAACUCUCCAUAAUUAUAGUGUGUCACUGUGGCAAAGAAAUUACACUAUUUCAGUGUUUUUAUUUUUUACGGUUGGUGCCGCUGCUGCUUUACAAUUUUGUUGGGCGGAAUACCUAUCUUAUGUGAAUCCCAUUGAAUUAGUUUUGUGGAUUGUCACUGAUGUCAUUCGCUAUGUUCACAAUCUCUACAUUUUUAUUUUUGUAAUGAUUUUGAAACGCAAAUUUUGGUUUAUUUUAAUCGCAAAUUUGAAAAAAGCCAAGUUUAGGAUUAACCAAUCCGAGUAUAAAUUUCUCUAUUGUACGUUUAUCGUGACUUAUGUGUCAUUUUUUGUAAUUAUUUCUUGCAUUAUUUAUGUUUGUUUUCAGUUAGACGAUUGGUACACUUGCAUUCGUUAUUAUUUCGUUGAGUUUGUACAAAUUUUCACUCAAUUUUUCUACUUGUUGUUUGCUCCGAUUGUCCUCAAAAUGAUUCUUUUGAGGUAUCAACACUUUAAAAACACACUUCACAUUCAAAAAACUUGGCACCAAAUCAAAACCGACCAACUACGAUUAAAACAAACCGUUGAUACGUUUUGUGAAAUUUUCGGUGGAACAAUUCUUUUGAAUAUUAUUUACAAUUCGUCGAAAAGUCUCAUUUAUCUCAAUAAAUUGAUAAAAAACACUAAAAGUUGGUCAUCUGGUUCGCCAAUUUUGAUUUUGAUGAAGCUAACCCAAAUUGGAAUUAUAGGCUUGUUUUGGGGUUUGAUUUUUUGGGUAAUUUUCUUGUGUGAUGCUAUUGUUAGUGAAAAUGAAGAAAUCAGGAAGAAACUGUACAAAAUGCUCCACGUAGACCCGAUUUUUUACGAAAAUAAACAAUUUGAAAAAUUCUUAAAGACUGUACUAACUAAUGGACCGAAAUUUUCAGCGGCGAGGUUUUUUUCGAUUGAAAGAUCCACAAUUUUUCAAAUCAUGAAUUCGAUUGUGACGUUUUUAAUUGUCGUGAUUCAAAUCAAAUCAAAUUAG